GGAAGGGAUACAUUAACUGGCCUUUUGUGUUACUUUUAGUUACUGUGUUUCGAAUAUGCUGCCUUAAACAAGUGAUAUAGUCUUUCUGAUUUUAAUUGCAAAGCCAAACAGCCUAAAUCAUAAAAUCAUGGCAAACAAUAUUUUACAAUCAAUCAGUGACUGAGUGAGUGUCACAGUUCCUCUUCUUUUGACAAAUCUCAAAUGAUACAUUCAAUGUAAGUGGAUUCAACCUAAAGUGUUUAGUGUUAUGAACAUUUCAUGAGCUUGAAAUUAAUUUAUAAGCUAUAAUAUAUUCAUAAUUACCUGAUUUUAGCAAAGGUCUAAUUUUUGCAAAAAAAAUUCGUUGAAAAAUGGCGGCCCUUUCACUAUAACAACGACUGAUAUCGGAAGCCCGAGAUUUCUAUUUAAUCACAUUUUACUGAAUCAAACAAAUUUUUAUUCAUGGAUACCCUAAUUAAUGGAAUAAUUUUGACCUUGUUGAACCAAAUAAAGAUUUUUAGACUAUUUUUUAAAUAAUUAAAACCAAUGACGUCAUUGUGCGCGAAAUAUGAAGCGCAGUAAAACGAAAACAAUUUUCUUGAAAUAUUUUGCACACAUCUGCCUUUAUACAAAUCGCAUUUAACUGUAUUGGGUAUCGAUUCAAAGAUUAAUUAUAAUGGUAGACGGCGACAAUAAUACAACUAGCACAUUUUCAGCCACGAAUCUUACUUUAUUUGGGCUUCGUAAGAAAUUCCCAGGCGUUGAAAAUGUGUCAACUUCAACUCUGCAAAAGUGGAUGGAACCCGGAAGUGAAAUCAACUCUGAAGCAGGAAUUCAUCAUAAGUGCUCAAAUUUACUUAUUUUGGAUACACGGCCAGAAGAAGAAUACAAAAUAAGUCAUUUGCCAGGUGCUCUACGGCUACAACCUGAUGCUACGGAUGAACAAAUAAAGUCCCUUCUCGAAGCAGAAAAUGCUUUCAAUAACUCAAGUAAUGAUGAUGUGACUAGAAUAGUGUGUUACUGUUCUGUUGGGUACAGGUCAUCUGCAAUGGCUACAAAACUGAUGGCACUUCAGAAAAAUAACUGUCCAAGUGCUAGCUCCUUUAAGACAACCAAGAUCUUCAACUUAGAAGGGAGCAUAUUUAAAUGGGCAAAUGAGGGCAGAGCAAUGGUAGAUUAUGAGCAAAGACAGACAAUACAUGCACACCCUUAUAGCGCAAUAUGGGGCAAACUAUUGAACAGUGAACUUAGGAAAUCUUCAUUAUGAAACUAUGCAAUAUUGGGCAAAACUAAUGAAUA